UCAGCGCCCAGAGAGAGAGAGAGGGGAGAGUUCAGGAUCCAGGGAGAGAGAGAGAGGGGGGAGAGUUCAGGGUCCAGGGAGAGAGUUAAGAGAGGGCGCGCUGAGCAGUCUCCCCACAGACGGAGGAGGGCUGAAGGAGCGCCGAGGCGCUGGUGAGUCACGCGCCUGGGCCCACGACCUCCACGGGUUCGAGACCCACCGCUGACGCCUCACGGCAAGAAGCGGCGGCGGCGGCGGCGGCGUCGAGCAAAGCGGAAGGAGCAGGGAAGAGGCGAUGGCGUGGGAGGAGGAGGUGCGGCGGAGGGGGGCGCAUCGCCCGAAGCCGCCGGCGCUGCAGCUGGAGUACGGCACGGCGGGGUUCCGCACGCUGGCCGAGCGGCUGCCCCACGUCAUGUUCCGCAUGGGCCUGCUGGCCGCGCUGCGCGCCAAGGCCACGCGCGCCGCCGUCGCCGUCAUGGUCACCGCGUCGCACAACCCCGAGGAGGAUAACGGCGUGAAGUUGGUGGAGCCUCUCGGGGAGAUGCUGGUGGCCUCGUGGGAGGAGCACGCCACGCGGCUCGCCAACGCGGACGACGCGGCCCUGGCGGGCGAGCUGCGCGCCAUCGCGGAGGCGGAGGGCGUGGACAUGCAGGCGCCCAGCCACGUGCUGCUGGGCAGAGACACGAGGCCGAGCAGCGAGGCUCUCUCUCGGGCCGUGAUGGACGGAGUGGAGGCACUUGGGGCGACUUACCGGGACUUGGGGCUGGUGACCACCCCGCAGCUGCACUACGUCGUGCGGUGCCACAACACGCAGGGGCGCUACGGGGAGCCCUCGCUGGCGGGCUACGCUCGCAAGCUCACGCAGGCCUUCCUAGCGCUCCUCCAGCAGGCUCCGGCCCAGGGCCUCCCCCGCCGCCUCACCGUGGACGCGGCCAACGGCAUCGGUGCCCCGCGGCUCUUGGAGCUCCUGGGCCCCCUGCGGGAGCAGCUGAGCGUUACCGUGAGCAACGACGGCACGGCCGGCAAACUGAACGAGGCUUGCGGCGCCGACUACGUCAAGGUGCAGCAGAAGCCUCCGCAGGGAGUGGAGCUGGCGCCCAACGCCCACUGCUGCUCGUUCGACGGCGAUGGCGACCGCGUCGUCUUCUUCUACGCGGACGACGCCGGCCGCUUCCGCCUCCUCGACGGGGACAAGAUCGCGACGCUCAUCGCCCGCUUCCUGCAGGAUCUGCUCGAGCAGGCGGCCCUGCAGCUGCAGGUUUCUGUGGUGCAGACGGCCUACGCCAACGGCAGCUCCACGCACUUCCUCACCCACACGCUCGGGGUGCCCGUGCACUGCGUGAAGACGGGAGUCAAGCACCUGCACCACCAGGCCCAGAAGGCCGACGUUGGCGUCUACUUCGAAGCCAACGGCCAUGGCACCGUCCUGUUCAGCGACGCGGCCGAGAGGCAGAUCCGGGACGCGAUGGAGGACGUAAACUCUGGGGCGGAGCGACGCAGAGCGGCCGAGCAGCUCCACCACACGGUGAACCUCAUCAACCAGACGGUGGGAGAUGCCAUCUCGGACAUGCUGCUCAUUGAAGCCAUCCUGGCGGUGCGGGGUCUCUCCAUGCCGCAGUGGGACUCCAUGUACAGGGACCUGCCCAACCGCCAGCUCAAAGUCAAGGUGUCGGACCGCCGCGUGAUCGAGACGGAGGACGCGGAGCGACGGGCCGUGCGGCCGCCCGGCCUGCAGCAGGAAGUGGACGCCCACGUGAGGCGCUACGCUCGCGGCCGCUCGUUCGUGCGCGCGUCCGGCACCGAGGACCUCGUGCGCGUCUACGCCGAGGCCGACACGCAGGAGAACGCCGACCGACUGGGCCACGAGGUGGCGCUGCUCGUGUACCGCAUGGCCGGCGGCACUGGGGAGGAACCGAAACCUCUCCCCUGAGCUCGCCGCCGCCGUCCCCAGCCCGCCGAGCGGCAAUCCCCUCGGUGCCGUUGGGGGGGGGUUGGCUCCUUCGCGUCGGGCGUACGUAGACGCAGAGCGAGAGCUACGGACGCACUUUUGGUUUGUCAGCACAGGCCCGAGGCACUAGUCGUUGCCCCCCUCGAUAUAUAUAUAAAAAAAAAUCAAUAAUUCUGUCAAUUCGCAAUCGAUGUUUGGGUGAGGUCGCGUAAUGAUCCGACUUAAAUUGGUGUCGUUAAGGACCCCCCCUCCAACAGAUUUAAUCGGCACUUGUGCAAGCUUUCAACGGCGCGCCGAUCCUUGUCGGAGUUGGCUCACCGGUAAGGGCCGAGUAAUUCUCACGGCCAAUUUUAGCAGCGGUUGGAUAAUGCGAUGUCUUGCUUGAAGCUGCGUCAAACACCGUCGGGACGAGAUGCAGGGAGGCCGUAGCAACAACAUGAUUUUUUUCCUCGCCCCAAAACAAACCCAUUUCACGAAGCGUAAAACUGACUGCGGAAAACCCAACGCCUCAGGUUUUCUGCAAAUUUCCAUCGGCUUGAUUUUUGGUAGUAAGAGUAAAAACGAAUUAAUGAAUGGGGCAUGACUGCCCCGCCUACCCCACCCCUACCCCACCCCUGGUUCAUCCAAAAUGUGCAAUGUGUCUUACCCAGACGUUGCCACCAGACCGGUGUUCUUCACUGCAAGGCCCCUGACGUGCCCCCCCUGAUAAACCCCCUGGCAGGCAGUGUUGCGGCCCUCACACUGAUGCCGUCUCAUCAACGAAAGCGCCCCCCCCUCUAGCGAAGAACGUUGCAAGAGACGGCUGCGGUGUAAACGGCUGCGGUGUUAACGGAGGCCAUCGUCCCGGGUUGUGUGUGGCCCCACAAUACCCCGCGCUCGCUCACGUGAGCAAUCCCCGCACUCGAGGGCAUCGCGGCCGCGAAUCGGAGUGCUCUCAAAAGGCCGGUUAUCAUCAUCAUCAUCAGCAGCAGCCACGAAAUGUCCACUGCUGGAUGGUCUCACCGAGCCGUCGCCAUCUCUCGGUCAAGUGAUUUAACCGGAGGGCCCGGUGGCUGAGCAAAAAGAUGCCCCGUGCACACCGGUUCUUAGGGCAGCCGGGCGGCCCUUAAACCGCGGUGAAAGUCUGUGGGGUCUCCAACGUCGCUACCGCUCGGCUACGAGCCGGGGGGCCGGGGGAUUCCCGCUUCUGGUGUCUCGUGCAAUAGGCAGGAUGGUGACGGGUGACUCAAAUCGUUCUUUUGUCCGAUGCAAUUUCCUGGGGGGUCUCGGUGCUGAAUUUCUAAACUCUUAUUAUUUCCGAAGUCGUCCCUGCAAAUGGGGGGGGGGGGUUGGGGGGGGAGAUGGCAGAGCCAAUAUCCGCAAAGAUGUUUAGUUUGUGUUAUCCCCCCCCCCACACCUCCGAUUAGCGCGGUUGCAAGGUCUUUAAAAGAUAACACCUCCCUCGGGGGGUGGGGUUGCAGCUAUCAGCGGGGCCCGGGACCCCCGCUUUGGUUCCCCAGGCCUCGCACCCGUCUGCCCCCUCCAUGGACGACCCUGGAUAUCAUUGGUGUUGGUUUCUCUGGGAGCUUGGAAUAAAUUCAUUUUUGUACACGGA